GGCCGCACCGGAAGUCAGGCCCCGUUGCCGUGGCGACGCGGCGGCGCGCGAGGCCCGUUGGGAGUGCAUUGCGCUGAGGCGGGCCUGGGUCCUGGGCUCCGCCAUGGACCCCGAGGCGCUCGUCGAAUGUCCCUACGACAAGAGCCACCGGGUCCGGGGGUCCCGGCUGCCAUACCACCUCGUCAAGUGCCAGCGGAACAACCCACGGUUAGCCCGCGCACUGGCUGCCUGCCCCUUCAAUGCCAGGCACAGGGUGCCCCAGGCCAAGCUGCAGAGCCACAUCGCCACCUGCCCCGACAAGCACCAACCUGACCUCCCCCACGAGGUGGACACGUCCUGUGGCAACAGGAUGAAACAACCGGAGGUCCCCACAGCCUGGCAGGGCCCCCCGUGCCAGGAGGACUGGGAGGCUGAGCUGGAGGACCUGGAGGACCCCCCACCAUUCAUCCUUAACGUCGGGACAAAUGACCUACUCCUCCCAUAUGAGAGCUCUGCCCCGGCAGCACCCACAAGCAGGAGCCAAGGUGGAGGAGCUGCAGGGCACCCUGCGGCAGGCAUGGAGCAGCGGGUACUGGAGGGACCACAAACGGCAGCAGCUGGACCAGGGCAGUGCCCAUCCUUCCCCCAGGACUGGGGGGACCGCGGUGCCAGGGGGGGCCGUGCCCCCUCGGCCGCUGCUGCAGGGGCACAAUGUUUCCAGGGACCCCACGGAGCCCCCGCCGUGCUGGGAGGUGAGGAGAGCUCGGAGGAGGCGACGGGAUUUGGGGCGGUACGUGUGGAAAUGGAAACGCGUGUGUCAUGCCGCCUUCCCCCGGCCGGGCUCCCUGCCCGCCCCGCCGCCGCCGCUCGCUCCCCAGCCUCCUCCAACACCCCAUCGUCCAAGGCAGGCGGUGGGGACCCCGCGGGGCUGACUUUGGGGGGGAAAACCAGCUUUUUUUUCUUUUUCCUUUUUUUUCCAGCAGUUCACAGGGAGGUCAGAGAUAUAUCUUUCCCCAUCCAGCAGAGGAGAGCGCGCGGGCGGGGUCGUGCCGGUCCCUCCUGGCCGGGCAGAGGAGGAGUGAUCUGGUGUUGCAAUUAAUUCCUCCCUCGCCGGUGCCAGAAACGCAGCUGCAGAGCGGUUUAUAUGCGACUAAUAACUCCCGUUAACGUACAUCUGGCAGGAGCCGCACAUCCUGGGCUCAGCCCAUCUGGGAGACGCUUUUCCUCCCUCCAUCUCCAAUCCGGAGGCUGAACACGAAUCGUCUUGCAGCGGCCGCUCCUUCCUCGGGCUUUAACCUGCCAAGAGUUAACCUUUGCCCAAAGCUGCCUUUUUUUUUUCCCCCCACCACAUUUUAAACCCAUUUAUUGACUUUAUGGAGGAGUUUUAUCCCCCCACAGCUCGGCGCAGAGAAUCGGGAUGCGUGGCUGCCCGGGUUUAUCUUGGCGAAACACUUUCCCCGCGCAUCCUCCGCGGACGCAAAUCCCAUCCCCACGUGGAGCCGGCGCUUCUCCUCACCGGAGAGCGGAAACGUUUCCCCAC